UAUUUAAUGAUUCUUUGGAUAUUUUAAACGGAAUCAUUCAUCAUGGACAGAAUAUCUAGUGAAAGUGAGUCAGAAAUGAAAUUUGACACAGUGCUAAACGCCGAGAUAGGACCGUUUGGAAAAUAUCAGUUGACAACCAUAGCACUGUUGAGUCUACCUGCGAUAUUCUGCGCUUGCAUGGCUGGAGACUACAUAUUCACGGCGGGUAGUAUUCAACAUCGAUGUGCAAUCCCGCAGUGUGAUGGACCACAGCCGGAAUUCGCUCCAGAAUGGAUUUUAAACGCUGUACCCGGAACGGCCACAGGCUUUGAUAACUGUUAUCGCUAUGCUAACGCAACUGAUAACAUUGACGCGAUCCCCAACAAUCAAGAUAUUUGCCCGGCUGGCUUGUUCGACAGAAGUACUUCAGUACCAUGCGAUUCCUUUGUGUACGAAACGACAAACACUGUGGUUUAUGAUUUUAAUUUGGAAUGUCAAGAAUGGUUAAGGACACUUCCCGGCACUUUAAACAGUCUUGGAGGAAUGGUUGCCCUCCUGUUGGCAGGUUACAUAUCGGAUCAUUUCGGUAGACGUAUGUCAAUAGUAAUUUUCUGUUUUAACAUUGGUUUAAUAGGAUUAAUUCGUGCGUUUUCGGUAAAUUAUACCAUGUAUGUAGUGUUUCAAUUUUUACAAACGGCUCUCGGUGGUGGAGCAUUCAGCGCCGCUUACAUAUUGGCAGCAGAAGUAGUUGGCGCUGAAUACCGCGUACGCACUAGUGCGACAAUGUCCAGCCUAUUUGCUUUGGGUCAAGUACUUUUAGGUUUGCUAGCUUGGGCCAUUCCUGAAUGGCGAAAACUUACUUUGACGAUGUUUGUACCUAUAUUUGCACUUGUAUCUUAUUACUGGCUACUUUCAGAAAGUUACAGAUGGUUGCUAAGCAAAAAUGAAAAAGAGAAAGCUACAGUCGCAUUACAACGCGCUGCUCGGAUGAAUGGUAAAGAAAUUUCAGAUAAGUCUCUAAACUUUUUACUUAACGCAAUACAGAAUACUGCUGCGAAUAAAAAUAGCGAAAAUAAAAAUAUUUUCUAUCGCGUCAUUAAGUCGCCAGUCAUGUUACGUCGGUGUUGCACGACUCCAUUCUUAUGGAUAACAACUGUGUUCAUUUAUUACGGAUUAUCAAUAAAUUCAGUUAAUUUAACAGGCAAUAAAUACAUUAAUUAUAUAGCGAUCGCAGCUGUAGAGAUCCCUGGCUUUUGGACUGCUGUACUAUUAUUAGAUAGGAUAGGUCGAAGAAUUACAUUGUUUUCUGGCUUCAUGAUAUGCGCCAUUUGUAACUUUGCUUUUGCCUUUACGCCUAAAAAUUUCUAUGUUUUACCUUUGAUAUUUUAUUUAAUUGGGAAGUAUUGCAUCGGUCUAGUAAUGACAUCAUUAUAUCUGUUUACUGCCGAAUUGUAUCCGACUAGAUACCGACAUUCAUUUCUAGGAUUUUCAUCAAUGUUAGGUCGUAUAGGGUCAGUGGUAUCACCUCUUACCCCUCCAUUAAUGAUUUAUUGGAGAGGCAUACCAUCUAUGAUGUUUGCAGUUUUGGCCUUUAUCGCUUCAUUUCUAGUAAUGACGCAACCAGAAACACGGGGAUUAAAAGUGCCUGAUACUUUUGAGGAUGCCGAGCAACUUGGAAAAAAAACCGCGCUAAGAUAAUAUUUUAGUAUUACGAGGUGCAUUCCACCUAUCGGCCGUUUAAAAAAACCAUAUUUGAAAAUAGGCUACAACAUGAAUGUGAAAGAUUACAGAAUAUGCUACUUAUGAUUUACAGAGUACCAAAGGUUUCUCAUAGAGGGCGCUAUAAUCAAAUUUGUGAUAUUACAUAUAAAAAACAAUUGCUUAUAAUAGUUAUUAUUCAAUAUUUCAUACGAAUUCAAUAAUAUUUAAUUCUUAAUAUAUUUAAUUUUGUACAGAUAUUAUAAAAUAU